GUGACGCCGACAUUAACGUGCGGGUAGCCGUCUAUUUGCAUUCAAAUUGUGGAGGUAGUCUCUGUCAAGCUGAUCCUGCGAACCAAAGCAACAAACCAACACCCACACAAAGGAUAGCAACGGCAACAUGGCAGCAUGCAACAUCAGCCAACCAAAUGAUUCAGUAUCAAAGGAGGACCUCUUGUGGGAGGAAAACGAAAACAUGGCCAAGACUCUAAUCCCUGCCAUGGCGUUUGUAGGAUUUAUAAUGGUGACUGGAUUCUUUGGGAACAUUUUAGUGUGCUACAUAUUCACAAGAAAGAUCCCUUUGUCUGUCAAUACGUUUCUUCUCGUCUUCCUCGCGGCACUGGACUUGGUGAACUGCACAUUGGCCAUGCCCUUCGAAAUCAUGGACAUGCGUUAUUUUUACGUUUUUGAGAGUGAUGUAACAUGUAAAAUAUUUCGCUUUAUUGUAGCAUUUCCCAAUAUCGACUCAGCCUUUGUGUUGCUGAUCAUUACAAUUAACAGGUACACGAUGUUAUGUAGGCCUAUGUCAAUUCAAAUGACCAUGAAGGAGGCAAAGAGGUAUGUUGCCAUAGCAACCACCGUCGCCAUUUUUCUCUCCCUGCCAGCUGUGUGUAUAUAUGGAAAACAAAGAGUUGAAACAAGUAUAGAUGGACUGUGUGGACAAGAUUGUACAACAAGUGACAAUAUGAAGGGUUCAAUAUUCCCCUUUGUUUACCAGAUAUUUGGAGGAAGUGUCAUGUUACUUAUAUCUGUGGCUAUAUGCUAUAUGUAUAUCCACGUUUGGAGAGAAGUACGGAAACAUAAAAAGAACAUAUGUAACAACACACAAUUUGUUCUCCAUGAAAAUUCAAAGAGAGGGAAUAUUUCAAGCACCAAUUCCGAUUUUCAAGAUGAAGAAGUACCAGAUGUAGGAAACACAAAGCACAAAUCAAUCCGGGGUAAACGCAUAACCGUCAUUGCUUGUACGGUGACCUUUGCCUUCAUACUGAGUUAUCUCCCCUUUGCUGUAAUCAUGGCGGUGCGCAGUUUUCUACCUUUGACAUUUCAUCCUAAUGGGGUAUGGUAUGUGACGUACAAUAUCCUAAUUCGGUCGUACUUCAUCAGUUCGAUGACAAACUCUUUUGUGUACGGAUUCGUGAGUCUAACGUUUCGCCAAGAGUGUUGGAAACUGAUUUUUGCAAAAUGUCCUGGAAAAUGACGGGAGUGCUAAGUUUAUAGAUUCACAAUUAAAAUAUCGA